AGGGCACACAGCAACCGUUCACUUCUCAGCCGUUCAGAAGCACAUCCUCGAUACCCCUGCCACCACAGUCCACAAGGCGCGACCACAGCACCAUUUCUACAAGGAGAGCUCAGUCUCAAACCAGCGAUUACUCCACCAAUCAAGCCAUUCCCGUCGAAGCCAAACGUUGGAGCAGAACCCUCAAUCCAGCAUCGCGCUCACGAAUCAGCAAGGAGUAACAACGGAGGAUUGGCAACACAGGAACUAGAAUUGCAUUAGCAGAUAGCUGCAUAGAGACUGUCGAGCACCUCCCUGCCUCUGUAUCUGCUUCAGUGGGUAGGAAUGGCACAUCCAUUGCUCGCGGCAGCAACUACUGCUGUUUCUUCACCCUACGUCUCCUCGACAGCACGAGUCCCUGCUUCUCCCGUGCGACGGCGUCACCGCGGCGUCGCCGUCCGGUGCGCGCCGAACGGCGACGUUGCAUCAGCAAGCGACACGAAAUCGAACCUCAAGGUGGGCUCGCCGAUCGUCAUCCUGGAGGCGCCCGUGAUGCUGAAGACCGCGGCGUCGGUGCCGUCGCUCCGGCACAACAGCGGCCAGGUCAAGGCCGGCGACGUCGGAAGGAUCAUGGCGCGGAAGCCCAAGGACGUCUGGGCCGUGCGCCUCGCCGCCGGCAUGUACCUGCUGGACGGCAAGUUUUUCAGGCCCUUGGAUGCUGAUGAAGACAACGAGGAGUCGUCACGGGGUGAAUGACAAACCGAUGCCUCAAUGGCAUGCCGCGCUCUGUGCGAACAUGUCAAUAGUGAAACGAGGUGAUUGCAACCGCAGGAUUCAUGGCAUGUAACUCUGCCGAAAGCGCGCAAGCAUAAUCGUGCUGUUAGUGUAAUGUUCUUGGAGUUUAAAUUCAUAGUUUCACAGACAUUCAAAACUUUGUCCCUAGGCAAUUUUCAAUGGGAACGCUAGAACUUACUCGGGUGUUUCUUUUUCAAGGAGAAUGUUCAAAAUUAAUCGCUGUGACA